AUGGCAUCGACAGUCGCGGCGGUGCCAACGCUGUACACGUGCUUCUUCGCCUACGCCGACCCGCUCAUCGCCCUUUACGGCGCCUACCUGAACUUCCUGGCGCCCGAGCAGGCCGUGGCCUCGAUGGCGCCGCAGUCGACGUACGACCCGGCCACGGUCUUCCUGUUCCACCAGGCGGGCGGGCUGGCGCUCGCCGUGGCCGUCAUGAGCGCCCUGGUGCCGCGGGUGUCGGAGGACCUGGCCGUCUGGAAGGUGCUGCAGUUCUCGCUGCUGCUGAGCGACGUCGGCGGGCUGAGCGGCGUGUACUUUGCGCUGGAGAGGCAGGGGAGGCUGGAGCCGCGGCUGUGGUCGGCCGACGACAGGGCCGUCGGCGGGCUGUACUUGUUUAUCACGGCGGUGCGGCUGGCGUUUGUCUUGGGCGUGGGGUUUGGCAGCGCGGGGGAGGUGAGGAGAGGAGACAAGAGGCGUUGA